UUCUAGAAAAUAAAAUUAUCGGUUCAACUUGGUCUCUAAAAAGAAAAAACUUUUUUUUUAAAUAUUUUAAUAAAAACAAAAAAAUUCCUAGUAAUCUUGCAUAAAUGGCCUAUAAAACUAUUGCAGCUGUUUGCCGUGUUGGCCAUCUUCUGGCCAAACCUGGUCAUAUGGUCAAACACUCAAAACCAAAUCCUCUUCUCAUGAUGGAAUGCAGUCGCUGCCAUAUACGUUAUCAGUCUCGCGAUGAUUGCAAGCAAAAGCCAGUGGAAAAAUGUGGGGAACGUUUUAAGGAUGCUCCAUGUGAUCAAAAUGCUAAAAAGCCUAAAACUCAUAUAAAACAAGCUAUGCCCCAGCCUCUGCCCCUUAGUGAACAGGAAAUCAAAUUGAAAACACCAGACAUCUGUUGCGGUAAUGUAUGUCCAGAUGCGGUACCCCGUCUUGAUACCCUGUAUUACAAACGCUCGGAUAAGGCACAACGUAAAUAUGAACAAACUUGGGCCGAGUGCCCCGAGCUAAUGAAGAAACCCAAAUUGUUGUGUCGCUAUGAAAGCAUCAUAUAUCCGAAAUUGGAAAAGCGACCUAGGUGUGAAAGACCUCAGACAGCCUGUAAGCCACCGGAAUGUAAUAAUACCAAAACAGCAUGUCCUCGUUUCAAUAUGCCCAGAUGUGGUAAGGCUCGCCGGCCGCCUAAGUGCAGUGUGACUCGUGAACCCUUGGAUUGCAUGAAAGACAAAGCUCCAUAUCCAAGUUUUUCGGAAUGCAAACGUGAUCUGCCACAUCCAUUGCAUCCCAUUGAGUGUAAAUGUUUGGCCUUACCCACUAUGUGUGAGGUAUGGGAACACUUUCAUAAGGUGCAAGCCAAUAAGGCGGGAGUGCUGAAGUAAAGGGGGGAAAAAUAUAGGCAAAAACUGGCAAACAGCAAGAUUAGUAAUAAAAAUUUGGAAAGUAAUUGUUUGAUAUAAAUGGUUUGAAAAUAUUUCUUAUGUCAUUGUUAAAAAUAAAAUAUUGCAUAUAUAUAUUAUUAAGUAAA